GGCGCGCGCGCAGCCCAGGCUCGCGCGCCUCUUUGCAACAUUUGCCAGGUUCAGGGCGCCGCUCGCCCUCUGGUGCUUGGCCUCCUUCCCCGCGGGCCCUGCAGGCCCAAUGCGGCCAGUUCUGGCUUCCCUGGGACGUCCGAGGACGGAGGAGUCCCCUGCAGUAGGUCCAGCCUAAAAAUGGAGAGCACAAAAGCCCCGAAACAUGGUGAGCAAUGCAACCCAAUCAACGUUGCUAAAAGUUUUGUGCAAAAAAGCCAUGAAAUUGACAGUUCAUCCCAUGAGAGAAUGGGGAGUUGUAUUUAUGGCGAAGCAGAGGCCGGAGUCCUGCAUCCCAAUUCGUUUAGUCAAUUGCUGGAAGCAGAUAUAGACAGUGAGUCGCACCAGGCUUUGGGAGAAGGAGAGAAACACUUUGUUUUGCUGGAGACGGUGCAUUUGAAAAUAGAGGAAGAUGAUUUCCAGGGGGCUGCUCUGGACAAUCCGCAAGACGGAUUCCAAGACGUGAUGCAAAGAGAGCGAAACCUUUUGCAGCCUUUGGAAGUGAUGCCACAACACUUAUGCCCUGAACAACUCCUAGCAAUAAGUUUGCCUGAAGGUGUAUAUACGAUCCAUGAGAUGGAAGUAAUGCAUGUCAGUGGCCUGAAGGAGGAGCACGCAUUCAAUGAAGACGCAAGGUCAGCCACGAAGACCACAAAUGUCAUUGAGAUUAAGACUGACAUGGCUACAGAUAGUGAAUGUGAGGGCCAGCAAUUUCUUGCAGCUCAAGAAGCCAAAACGAGCCAUUCAUUUUCUGAAGAGUCAACAAAGAUUUUGAACGGCAAAAUUAAAAGUGAUGCUGUACUGUUUCACAAUUCUGGAAAAAGAGGCCAAAGCACUAAGUGUGCAUCCCAAAAUCCUGCUCUAACAAGUUCAGAAGUUACAUCAAAGGUCCAUGGGAACACAGUCCGGUGGGGAGAAGGACACUUGCCACAACAUUGCCGUUUUUGCACAUACACUUCUUCCAGCGUGACAGGCCUGAAUCGUCACAUGAAAAGACACUCAGAUAAGAAUCCCCACAUGUGCCAUCUCUGCCUUAAGGUCUGCCGCACAGUUGCCCUUUUGCGCAACCACAUGAACACACAUACAGGGACCAAGCCAUAUAAGUGCAGUGAAUGUGAUAUGGCCUUUGUGACUGGUGGUGAACUUUCACGGCACCGGCGCUAUAAGCACACCCAUGAGAAACCUUUUAAAUGCACAUUCUGUAACUAUUCUAGUGUGGAGGCCAGCAAACUGAAGCGCCAUAUUCGCUCACAUACAGGAGAACGCCCUUACAACUGUACUCUGUGUAGCUACGCAAGCAGAGACACUUACAAGCUGAAAAGGCAUAUGCUAAUCCAUUCCGGUGAAAAACCCUUUGAGUGCCUGAUCUGUAAGGCCAGGUUCACGCAGGCUGGAACUCUGAAGUUCCACAAAUUGCACAAACAUGGAACUAAUGUGCCGAAAUAUCAGUGUCCACACUGUAACACAGCUGUUGCCAGGAAGGGAGAUUUAAGAAUCCACUUGCAAAAUCUUCAUUCUUACAUUAAAGUGCCACUGAAGUGCAAUUUCUGUGAAGAUGCCUUCCAUGAGCGGCAUGCUUUCAAGCAGCACAAGAAGACACACAUAAAUGAAAAGAAAUUCAAAUGUGAUCAGUGCAAUUAUGCAUGCAAGCAGGGACGCCACAUGGUGAUGCACAAGCGGACCCACACAGGAGAGAAACCCUUUGUUUGCAUCUCCUGCAGCAAAUGCUUCCGACAGAAACAACUUCUGACCAUCCAUGCCAAGAAAUACCAUGAUUCCAGCUUUCAACCCAAAGUCUUUGAAUGUCCUCAGUGUGGCAAGGAAUAUUCACGCUGGAAUAAUAUGCGUAAGCAUGCUGCAAACUGUAAAGGCAAAAGUGUUGUUCAGCCCAGCAAAGGAAGCAAGAAAAGAAAGAAAGAAGAAAAGAGAUCAAGCCAUGACAACAAGCAAGAAGCAGCAACUUGUGUGAAUUCUCAGUUCAGUGCUUCGUAUGCCAUUCCUGCUGGAGUUUGGGGAAAAGAAGAUGGGAAGGAGGGAAUUAAUUGAGAGAUGAUCUUCAACCUGCUGGAUAAAUAGGAUGGAUGACACUAGUUCCUUCUAUGUCCAAAGAGGCAGCCUCAACUGUAUUGUUUAUUAUAUGUUCCUAUAUAAUUUUCUUUGCAGGUUCAAGGUUGCUAAAGGGGCAUUAAUUUUGGCAUUUUUCCUGCAAAAGCAGGGCAGUUCAUUGUUUCUUGCAAAUACCUUCCAUGGAUGUUAAACAGUUGGAAUAGUUAGAAAUAACUUUGCUUCUCUUGCCAAGGGCAAGUCAGUCCUGAAUAAACUGUUGGAUUCCAGAUCGAUUCCAUUGUCUUCAGCCGAGCUAAACUUGAGCUAAAGAGAGCUGAAGAAAAUGUGUGAUUUGAAUUUAUUCAUCAAUGGCAUUGAUCCAGACUUAUUUAGUAAGUGUGCCUAGAGAUAGAUUUCUUUUCCGCCCCCCAAAGAAUGGCUCAGAGAGACUUUGUAAUCUGGGUAACGUGUACUUCAAUUUGUUUCUAAAUCAAACAGAUUUAAAAGCUUUGGAGGACCUAAAGUACAUUUGAACUUAACUCUGUCAUGAAUGUGUUUCUUUAAUGUUAGUCAUUGUCUGUAUGUAGAGCCUUUGGUCUAACAAUCAUAAGUAAAACAACAGAUAUGUAUGGACUCAAAUACAGCACAGAUUAAAUUGUGGACUGAUGGGCAUAAUAUUUUCUCCUCCUUCUAAAAUUACAAUAAUUACUGCAUUUCAAACUCAUAAAAAUCGUCAUCAGAGUUUAUAGCAUUUAGUUAGUCUGAUUUCAUUUAAGAAGGUGUGAUUUAAUUUCUAUUUAACAUUUUAAAUACACGAAGACAAAAUGUCUAUUUUUAUACUGAGAAUUUGAUUUGCUCAUGUUUUGUAAGACGGUUACAGUAGUUUUCAAAGGGAUUCCAGAAUAUUAGUGUUUGUUUACAAGUAGGAAGAAGAACAGUUAUUCUUUUUCUUUAAUAAAAGGUUUUGUGAAUAA